AUGACCUUGUUGGCGGAGAAUAUAAAUGGCCAUGGACCAAAUACUUCAAACGAGUGGGCCAAUUUGUUAGAUGGAGCUGAAGUCUUUAAAGAGAAGAUUAUGUUGGAUGAGGAGAAGAAGAAAGAACUUAUUGGCCCUGAAGGUGAUGCGUUCAAGAUUUACAAGGUCUAUAAUGGCAUAUGGGAACUCAUACCCAAAGACCAGGGGAGCUUGGCAAAAGUGAAUCUUGAAUAUAAGAAGCUGAAUGAGAAUGUUCCUGUUCCUGAUAAAUACAUGGAUUUCUUGAUUAGCAUGACAAGGAAAUUAAUGAAGGGAUCUCCAAGCCAUAAAUGGAGUGAAUCUUGA